AUGGUUUUACGACCAAGGCAGGAAGAGCGCAUAAAAGGGAGAGAGCGGGGGUUUCUGAAAGUGGAGGGGAGAGUGAAACGAUGGCGUCGGAUGAUGGAGAAGCCCCACAGGUCGUUCUCGAGACCUCAAUGGGCCCCAUCACGGUGGAGAUGUAUCACAAGCACGCGCCCAAGACUUGCAGGAAUUUCAUGGAGCUCUCCAGGCGGGGCUACUACAACAACGUCAAGUUCCAUCGCGUCAUCAAGAACUUCGUGGUCCAAGGUGGGGAUCCGACGGGCACCGGGCGUGGUGGGGAAUCAAUUUACGGUUCAAAGUUUGAAGACGAGAUACGCAGCGAGCUUAAGCACACAGGAGCGGGGAUCUUGUCGAUGGCGAACGCUGGUCCCAAUACCAACGGGAGUCAGUUUUUCAUAACUCUCGCGCCCGUCCCUUGGUUGGACGGAAAACAUACAAUCUUUGGAAGGGUUUGUAAAGGGAUGGAAAUUGUCAAACGGCUUGGAAGUGUUCAGACUGAUAAAAAUGAUAGGCCGGUUCACGAUGUCAAAAUAUUGAGAACAACUGUUGAAGACUGAAGUGAGAUUUAGCAAGCUGCUACUUCCAGCUUUUGCCAAGUGCCUGUUUAAAUAACUAAAGAAGUGUGUGUGAAGCCUGGUAUUUUUUUUUUAUUCUUCAAAGAAAGCAUCUGAGUUUUGAUAAGGAAAUAUUACACCUGUAUCUGAUAAUGAAGAAGGAAAUAUUUAGUUAUAAAAUUACUAAUAUUUGGCUCUUGAUUAUUCA